AUGGAGAUAAUCAGAACUUACGGCAUACUGCCUAUUAAUCUUCGAUCAGCCACCGCGCCGCCUCAAGCCCUGCACGCAGUCUCAGUUUCUGAUCGCCGACAACAUCUAUUCCUCUCCUGCGAUUUCUUCUGUGGGUUUCUCUCUUUAUCAGUUAAAGUGAGCGCAAUGGCAGGCAGAGAAGUUCGAGAGUACACCAAUCUCUCCGACCCAAAAGAUAAGAAAUGGGGGAAAGGGAAAGAUAAGAUAGACGAUGAAGACAUCACAUUCCAACGCAUGGUUGCCAAGAUGCAAGAGGUUGCAGGAGAACGCGGAGGAUACCUUCAUGGCCGAGGCGCCUUGGACAGUGAUGACCUACUAUAUCUCAAGGAGCAGAUGGAAGCUGAGGAGGAUGCAGAGCGCCUCCUUCGCCGCACUGAGAAGCGAGCAUUUGCUGCAUUUAAGAUAUCCUUUCAUGAAAUUUCUUCUAGUCUCUCUGCAUGCAUAGUCUGCACACAUUGGAUUAUUACAUCUCUCUCCUCUCCCUCUUCUCUCUUGUCUUCCUUAACCAAUGAACACAAAGCUGCAAGUCUGGCAGAUUCUUCACCUGCAUCGGUUCCCUUGCCACUUCGUGUUGAGCCCAAGCAAAAGAGUGGGAUCAGACAGCAAGAUCUACUGAAAAAGGUCAUUGAAAUUAAACCCAAGCGGCAUAAAGUUUCAAGCAGAUCCGAUGGUAAUCAGUCCCACCCAAAUUUGAUUGUUAGUGCUUCGACAAAUCUUGAGUCUGAAAAUGACCAAGUGAAGGACAAAGUGCAUGUGUCGUCAUCACACAGAAUAAAGGGCGAGUGUGAAGGGAAAACUACAGCCAAAAGUUUGUUAGGAUUAGCAUAUGCAAGUUCUGACAAUGAAGAGGAUUAA